AAAAUCAUAUCCUUCUGUCUAAGCCUUCAAUAUUAUUAAAGAUACAUAUACUUAAAAAAAAUCGAAACUUAGUAAUACAUUGCAAAAUUGUGGACACUUAAACCACAUAUGUCAUCGUAUGAUCCCUGAGGCUCAAACCUUACGGUCAAAGUAGCAGAAGGAACACGUUUUUAGUAGUUUAAUAGACGUUAUUUUACAGCUGAAGCACGCAAUGACGACCACCACAACGAGCACUCCUGCAAGGAGUCCUUAUGUCUUGGCUCUUAUGCAAUUUUCUGCUGGAGGUUGUGCAGGUUUUGUAGAAGUAUCAAUCAUGCAUCCUCUGGAUUUGAUUAAAACAAGAUUCCAGAUUCAACGUGGGCCUGAAGACCCAAAUAGAUACACCUCACUUACAGACUGUUUCCGUAAGAUGUAUAGACAAGAAGGAGCAUUUUCCUUCUACAAGGGCAUUCUACCUCCUUUGAUGGCAGAGACACCAAAGAGAGCUGUCAAGUUCUUUACUUUUGAACAAUACAAAAGCAUUUUUGCAUAUGGUUCCUACCUCCCGGAAUCUGCUAUAUUCACACUAGCAGGAUUGUGCUCAGGCCUAACAGAAGCAUUUGUUAUCAAUCCCUUUGAAGUUGUGAAAGUGAAACUACAGUCAGAGCGUAGCUUAUUUACAGAGCAAAAAGGAACCAUUGCUACUGCCAAGGAAAUCCUUGCUCAGGAUGGUUUUGGUAGGCGAGGGUUGAACAAGGGUCUCACCUCCACCCUAGGCAGGCAUGGAGUCUUCAACAUGAUCUACUUCAGCUUCUACCAUAACGUGAAGUCCAUUGUUCCGGAGUAUGAGGAUAAGAAACUCGACCUGAUGCGGAGAUUUGCCAUUGGAUUAUGUUCGGGAGUCCUGGCAUCUUGUAUAAACAUUCCUUUUGAUGUGGCUAAGAGCAGAAUCCAAGGUCCCCAGCCAGUCCCAGGCCAAAUAAAGUACCGCACCUGCUUUGCUACAAUUAGAACAAUAUAUGCAGAGGAAGGGUUUUUAGCUCUUUACAAAGGAUUACUGCCAAAGGUUUUAAGACUGGGACCAGGAGGUGCUAUAAUGCUAUUGGUCUAUGAAAAUGCAUUUGCCUGGAUGAAAGAGAAUCUAUGAUGAUCUUGUGGCUUAGUGAGAUAUCCAGCAAUUGACAGAUAACAAUAUGUUGUUAGUUAGUGAAAUGCAAAUGCAUUUCCAAAUAACAAAAGUAUGAAAAUGAAAAAAAUAGCUUUUUUAGUUGAAGAGUAUGAUUGUUGGGGUUAUUAUCAUGAAUAAGGAGUUAUCUGCCCAUGUCUAUUGUAAAACCAUAGAUAUUAUUAUAAUACGUCGCAAUAUAAACUGAACCCUAAAAAAAGUACUUCAGUGGGGAAAUUGUUGUUGAAAUUGUCCUGAUGAAGCCACGCACCAAAAUGCAAAACUAGUCGGCCAUUAAAGAUAAGUAUCAAACUUACUGGUGCACUUGAGCAUAUUGUGAUUGAUUCUUCCUGUACAUUAGAAGAUGUAUAUUGAGGUUGCUAGUGUAGAUUUUUUUUCACAGAUAAAUCUUUGUAUAACCAUGAUGUUAGGUAGAAAUGCCUGUGAUAAUUGAUACAAGUUGUUUUACAUUAAUUAUUUAAUCCAGGAUGUGUGGAGGGAAUUCAUGUGUUGAUAGAUACAAUACAUGUAUGACCAGUAUGUGUGGAGGGAAUUCAUGUGUUGAUAGAUACAAUACAUGUAUGACCAGCAUGUGAGGAUAGAUAUCAUGUGUUAAUAGAUACAAUACAUGUAUGACCAGCAUGUGAGGAUAGAUAUCAUUUGUUGAUAGAUACAAUACAUGUAUGACCAGUAUGUGAGGAUAGAUAUCAUGUGUUAAUAGGUACAAUAUGUAUGUAACCAGAAUGUGAGGAGGAAAUUCAUGUAUUAAUAGCUACAAUAUGUUUGUAACCAGUAUGUGAGGAGGAAUUCUUGUGUUAAUAGAUACAGUAUGUAUGUAACCAGUAUGUGAGGAGGAAAUUCAUGUAUUAAUAGCUACAAUAUGUUUGUAACCAGUAUGUGAGGAGAGAAUUCAUGUAUUAAUAGAUACAAUAUGUUUGUAACCAGCAUGUGAGGAGGAAUUCAUGGAUUAAUAGAUACAAUAUGUUUGUAACCAGUAUGUGAGGAGGAAAUUCAUGUAUUAAUAGCUACAAUAUGUUUGUAACCAGCAUGUGAGGAGGAAUUC